CACAGUCGAUUGAUUUUCACAACCAAGUGCGGACGUGUUCAAUCGACGCUCCGCAGAAAAAUUGCAAAUUAAAAAAGUUAUUGUGUGUAACCAACAACAAAUUCAUCAAAAACAACUAAAUUUUCAUGGGUGAUUCCUUGGAAAAUCCCGAUACUUCGGUGGAGGCGGUUCAAAAUGUUACCAUUGUGGAUUAUGGAGCAUUCGCCAAUUAUAUACGCAAAGCCGUCACAAUCUUAUUGCCGGAGGAGGAUGUGGUGCCACCGGCUCUAAAUGUGGCUUUAGAGGAUCCAGAUAACCAGGAUAAAAUUAAAAAAUUCUUAUCGGAUCCUCAGGUCCAGGCUUUGUAUAUUCAAAGGAAUUGUUUGAAAGAGGACGAAAAUGAGCAACCAGCUGAGGGUGAGGAAGAGAAGGAAUUUGUCACCUAUCAAAUCAGCAAUGAUGUUCAUUUUACCAACAGUCGUAUGGCCUCGUUGGCUUGUAUUAAACGCGGUACAGUCAUCGAAGCCGACAAAUCUAUACAUUCCCAAUUGCGUCUCAUCAAUUUUUCGGAUGGUUCACCAUACGAAACUUUACACGCUUUCAUUAGUAAAUCUUUGGCACCUUAUUUCAAGUCAUAUGUCAAAGAAUCUGGCCGUGCUGAUCGUGAUGGUGACAAAAUGGCACCAUCUGUGGAAAAGAAGUUGGCUGAGCUGGAAAUGGGCUUGUUGCAUUUGCAGCAGAACAUUGACAUACCGGAAAUUACUUUGACAGCCCAUAAUACCGUCAAUGCUGUCAUACGUAAAUGUGCAGAUGAAAAUCGCAAAGCCAAAGUGGCCGAUUUUGGUGAUAAGGUGGAGGAUUCGUCAUUUUUGAAUCAACUGCAAAAUGGCGUUAACCGCUGGAUUAAGGAGAUCAAGAAAGUAACUAAACUUGAUCGUGAUCCUUCAUCGGGCACGGCUUUGCAGGAAAUUUCAUUCUGGUUAAAUUUAGAGCGUGCUCUUUAUCGUAUCCAAGAGAAGCGCGAAAGCCCUGAAGUUGCUCUGACUUUGGACAUUCUCAAGCAUGGCAAACGUUUCCAUGCAACCGUGUCGUUUGAUACUGACACUGGCCUUAAGCAGGCAUUGGCCAUGGUUGCUGAUUAUAAUCCUUUAAUGAAGGACUUCCCUAUAAACGAUCUUCUUUCUGCCACUGAAUUGGAGAAGAUUCGUCCUGCUGUGCAGCAGAUUUUCUCUCACUUGCGCAAAGUACGAAACACUCGUUAUCCCAUUCAGCGUUGUCUUAAGCUUAUCGAGGCAAUAUCUCGCGAUUUGUCCCAACAACUGCUGAAAGUUUUGGGUACCCGUCGUCUUAUGCAUAUUCCGUUCGAUGAAUUCGAGCGUGUAAUGAAUCAAUGUUUUGAAAUAUUCAGUUGUUGGGACGACGAGUAUGAUAAGCUACAAGGAUUGCUACGUGAUAUUGUCAAAAAGAAACGCGAUGAGCAUUUAAAAAUGGUGUGGCGUGUAUCGCCAGCUCAUAAGAAGCUACAAACCCGCAUGGAGCAUAUGCGCAAAUUCAGACGCCAACACGAACAAUUGCGCACGGUCAUUUUGCGUGUUUUGCGUCCCACUAAACAACAACAGCAAAACGAAAGUAAUGCGGGUGAGACAAAGCAACCUUACAGCUUGGAAGCCGAUGAUGCCAAUGCAAUUGAAGAAGUCAAUUUGGCGUAUGAGAAUGUGAAGGAGGUGGAUUGUUUGGAUAUUUCCAAGGAGGGUUCAGAGGCUUGGGAAGCCGCUGUGAAACGUUAUGAAGAACGUAUCGAUCGUGUUGAAACGCGCAUAACUGCUCACUUGCGUGAUCAAUUGGGCACGGCCAAAAAUGCCAAUGAAAUGUUCCGAAUUUUCUCGCGAUUCAACGCCCUAUUCGUACGGCCUCAUAUUAGAGGAGCAAUACGAGAAUAUCAAACUCAACUUAUUCAAAGAGUGAAGGAUGACAUCGAAGCUUUACAUGAGAAAUUCAAAGUUCAGUACCCUCAGUCAAAGAGCUGUCGUCUUUCUACUGUACGUGAUUUGCCCCCGGUGGCAGGUUCCAUCAUUUGGGCUCGCCAGAUCAACAAUCAACUUACCAUGUAUUUAAAACGUGUUGAAGAUGUUUUGGGUAAAGGUUGGGAAUCCCACAUUGAAGGACAAAAACUUAAGGCUGAUGGCGAUAGUUUCCGUGCUAAACUAAAUAUCGAUGAAGUCUUUCAAGAAUGGGCACGAAAAGUACAAGAGCGUAACUUUGGCAGUACCGGGCGUAUAUUCACCAUUGAUUCUGCCCGUUCUCGUUCCGGAAAGGGAAAUAUUUUAAAACUACGUGUUAAUUUUUUGCCCGAAAUAAUUACCUUGUCCAAGGAAGUUCGUAAUAUCAAGAAUUUGAGUUUCCGAGUUCCCCUUGCCAUUGUCAACAAGGCCCAUCAGGCAAAUCAAAUUUAUCCAUAUGCUAUAUCAUUGAUUGAAAGUGUUCGCACCUAUGAACGUACUUUGGAAAAGCUAAAUAAUAGGAGUUUAGCACAAAAUUCUGUCUUCAAGAUUGAUGAUCGUGCCAGUAUUGUGCCACUGGUAGCCGGUUUGCGUAAAGAUGUUCUCAAUUUGAUUUCUGAAGGCAUUGGAUUAGUGUGGGAAUCUUACAAAUUGGAUCCAUAUGUAUUGCGCCUAUCGGAGUGUGUAACACUAUUCCAGGAAAAGGUUGAAGACCUUUUGGAUAUCGAAGAGCAAUUGGAUGUCGAUGUACGUUCGUUGGAGACUUGUCCCUAUAGCGCUGCUACCUUUGGGGAAAUUCUUUCGAAAAUCCAACAUGCUGUUGAUGAUUUAUCUCUACGCCAAUAUUCAAACCUGAGUGUUUGGGUCCAACGCCUCGAUGAAGAGGUCGAAAAGAAAUUGGCUUUACGUCUACAGGCCGGUAUACAAGCUUGGACUGAAUCCCUGACAGGCAACAAGAAGGAAGUAGAUCUUUCUAUGGACACGGAUGCCCCAGCUCAGCCAACUCAUAAACUUGGCGGUGAACCCCAAAUUCAAAAUGCCGUUCAUGAAAUACGUAUUACUAAUCAACAGAUGUAUUUGUAUCCAUCUAUUGAGGAGGCCAGAUUCCAAAUUAUGCAGCAAUUGUUCGCUUGGGAGGCUAUUGUUACUUCUCAAGUGCGUUUGCAAAGUUCUCGCUAUCAAGUCGGUUUGGAUAAGCCUGUAUUGCAAACUUAUCGCAAUUUGCUAACUAAGUUGCCGGAAUGCAAGGUAUUGGAAAUGGCCUAUGAUGCCAUUGAAAGUAAAAUUGGCGAAGUACGUAACUAUGUCGAUGAAUGGUUACGCUAUCAAUCAUUGUGGGAUUUACAAGCCGAUACUUUGUAUGGUCGCUUGGGUGAAGAUGUCAAUCUAUGGAUAAAGUGUUUGAAUGAUAUUAAGAAGUCACGUACCACAUUCGACACUUCUGAUACUCGCCGGGCAUACGGUCCUAUCAUAAUCGACUAUGCCAAGGUGCAGGGCAAGGUGACAUUGAAGUAUGACUCGUGGCAUAAGGAAGCGUUGGGUAAAUUUGGUUCAUUAUUGGGCAAUGAAAUGACCACAUUCCAUGCCAAGGUUUCGAAGUCCAGAACUGAUCUGGAAAUGCAAAGCAUUGAGGCUGCCAGUACUACUGAUGCUGUAAGCUUUAUCACGUACGUGCAGUCGCUUAAAAAAGAAAUGCUUGUCUGGGACAAACAAGUUGAAGUGUUCCGUGAAGCCCAACGAAUUUUGGAGCGUCAACGCUUCCAAUUCCCCAACAGUUGGUUGCAUGUCGAUAACAUUGAGGGUGAAUGGUCAGCUUUCAAUGAAAUCAUCAAACGCAAAGACACUGCCAUUCAAACUCAGGUGGCAAGUUUGCAGGCUAAAAUUGUGGCAGAAGACAAAGCGGUUGAGACACGUACUCUUGAUUUCCUCAAGGAUUGGGAAGACAAUAAGCCUACUGGUGGAAAGAUUCGCCCCGAUGAUGCACUUCAACAAUUGCAAUUGUUCGAAAGUAAAUACUCUCGUUUGAAGGAAGAACGUGAUAACGUCGCCAAGGCCAAGGAAGCAUUGGAAUUACAAGAAUCUGCUGUGGCCAAUAACAGCUCAGAAAGAAUGAAUGUCGCUUUAGAAGAAUUGCAAGAUUUACGUGGUGUUUGGAGUGAAUUAUCGAAGGUCUGGACACAGAUUGAUGAGACUCGCGAAAAACCAUGGUUGUCUGUACAACCACGCAAGCUCCGUCAACAAUUGGAGGCACUGAUGUCGCAACUAAAAGAAUUGCCGGCUCGUUUGCGUAUGUACGAAUCAUACGAAUAUGUCAAGAAGCUUAUUCAGAGCUAUAUUAAGGUCAACAUGUUGAUUGUGGAACUUAAAUCGGAUGCUCUCAAGGAACGUCACUGGAAACAACUUACAAAAGAGUUGCGUGUAAACUGGGUUAUCUCUGAUCUUACCUUGGGUCAGGUUUGGGAUGUGAACUUGCAAAAGAAUGAAAAUAUCGUAAAAGAUAUCAUGCGUGUUGCCCAAGGAGAAAUGGCUUUGGAAGAAUUCUUGAAGCAGGUCCGUGACACCUGGCAAAGUUACGAAUUGGAUUUGAUCAACUAUCAAAAUAAAUGCCGCAUUAUACGCGGAUGGGACGACUUGUUCAAUAAGGUGAAAGAACACAUCAAUUCUGUGGCUGCCAUGAAGCUGUCACCUUUCUACAAAGUUUUCGAAGAAGAAACUCUAACCUGGGAAGAGAAGUUGAAUCGCAUUAAUGCUUUGUUUGAUGUUUGGAUUGACGUACAACGUAGAUGGGUGUACCUCGAAGGAAUAUUCUCGGGUAGUGCAGAUAUCAAGUCUUUAUUGCCUCAAGAAACCUCAAGAUUCCAAAGCAUCAGCUCCGAGUUCCUGGGUCUUAUGAAAAAGGUGGCCAAAUCUCCGAAGGUUAUGGAUGUUUUGAAUAUACCAGCUGUUCAAAGAUCGCUUGAACGACUGGCAGAUCUGUUGGGCAAAAUCCAAAAGGCUUUGGGUGAAUACUUGGAAAGAGAACGUACUUCAUUCCCACGGUUCUACUUUGUCGGUGACGAAGAUUUAUUGGAGAUUAUUGGCAAUAGCAAAAAUAUUGCCCGUUUGCAAAAACAUUUCAAGAAAAUGUUUGCUGGUAUUGCUGCUAUCAUAUUGAAUGAAGAUAACACUGUUAUAUUGGGUAUAGCUUCACGUGAAGGCGAAGAAGUUCGUUUUAUUAAUCCCGUAUCCACUGUGGAACAUCCCAAGAUUAAUGAAUGGUUAACAUUGGUUGAGAAACAAAUGCGUUUCACACUUGCUUCAUUUUUGGCCCAGGCCGUGCAAGAUAUCAAACAAUUCCGUGAAGGACAAAUUGAUCCCCAAAAAUAUAUGGAAUGGUGCGACAAAUACCAAGCUCAAAUUGUAGUUUUGGCUGCCCAAAUUUUGUGGUCUGAAGAUGUCGAGGCCGCUCUGCAACAGGCUUCUGAAACGAAUUCAACUAAACCUUUGCAACGCGUUUUAGGAACUGUUGAAUCAACAUUGAAUGUGCUGGCCGAUUCUGUGUUACAGGAACAACCACCAUUGCGCAGAAAGAAGUUGGAACACUUGAUUAAUGAAUUUGUACACAAACGUACUGUCACUAGACGUUUAAUAACCAAUGGCGUUACUCAUCCAAAAUCAUUCCAAUGGCUAACCGAAAUGAGGUUCUAUUUUGAUCCCAGGCAGACUGUGGUUCUCCAACAGCUCACUAUUCAUAUGGCCAACGCACGUUUCUACUACGGUUUUGAAUACUUGGGUGUACAGGAUCGUCUGGUGCAGACUCCUCUUACCGAUCGUUGUUAUUUAACCAUGACUCAAGCUUUGGAAUCUCGCUUGGGUGGUUCUCCCUUCGGUCCUGCUGGUACCGGCAAAACCGAGUCCGUUAAAGCUUUGGGCAACCAGCUGGGUCGUUUUGUGCUGGUAUUCAAUUGCGAUGAAACAUUCGAUUUCCAGGCAAUGGGUCGUAUUUUUGUUGGUCUAUGUCAAGUUGGCGCCUGGGGUUGCUUCGAUGAAUUCAAUCGUUUGGAGGAACGUAUGCUCUCCGCGUGUUCACAACAAAUCCAAACAAUACAAGAAGCUCUUAAAUACGAAACCGAUAGCAACAAGGAGAGCAUUACGGUUGAAUUGGUGGGCAAACAAGUACGUGUCUCUACGGAUAUGGCUAUAUUCAUAACAAUGAACCCUGGAUAUGCUGGUCGUUCCAAUUUGCCAGAUAAUUUGAAGAAAUUGUUCCGUUCAUUGGCUAUGACCAAACCUGAUCGCCAAUUAAUUGCUGAAGUCAUGUUGUUCUCGCAAGGUUUCCGCUCGGCAGAGAAAUUGGCCUGCAAAAUUGUACCGUUCUUUAAACUCUGCGAUGAACAAUUAUCAAAUCAAUCUCACUACGACUUCGGUUUGCGUGCUCUGAAGUCAGUUCUUAUUUCGGCUGGUAAUGUAAAACGUGAUCGCAUUCAAAAGAUAAAAGAAACGCUUAAACAACGAGGUGAAGAAAAUAUCGAUGAAGCUUCGGUAGCUGAAAAUCUACCAGAACAGGAAAUACUUAUACAAUCGGUAUGCGAGACAAUGGUUCCGAAAUUGGUGGCCGAAGAUAUUCCAUUGCUGUUCUCUCUAUUGAGUGAUGUAUUCCCCAAUGUUGGCUAUACUCGUGCCGAAAUGAAGGGCUUAAAGGAAGAAAUUCGUAAAGUAUGCCAAGAAGAUUACUUGGUUUGUGGCGAGGGCGAUGAACAAGGUGCUGCUUGGAUGGAAAAGGGAUUUGGUGAAACUUGGGUUGAUAAAGUCUUACAAUUAUACCAAAUUUCCCGUCUCAAUCAUGGUUUAAUGAUGGUGGGCCCUUCUGGAUCCGGAAAAUCAACAGCUUGGCGGACACUGCUCAAGGCAUUGGAGCGUUUUGAGGGCAUUGAAGGUGUUGCCCAUGUCAUUGAUCCCAAGGCUAUAUCUAAGGAAGCUCUGUAUGGUGUAUUGGAUCCAAAUACUCGUGAAUGGACCGAUGGUCUUUUCACCCACAUCUUGCGUAAAAUCAUUGACAAUGUACGUGGCGAAAUUAAUAAACGUCAAUGGAUUAUUUUCGAUGGUGAUGUUGAUCCGGAAUGGGUUGAAAAUUUGAACUCAGUGUUGGAUGACAACAAAUUGUUGACAUUGCCAAAUGGUGAACGUUUGUCGUUGCCACCAAAUGUACGCAUUAUGUUCGAGGUACAGGAUUUGAAAUAUGCCACUUUGGCCACAGUAUCACGUUGUGGCAUGGUUUGGUUCUCUGAAGACGUUCUUUCAACUGAGAUGAUAUUCGAAAACUACUUGCUGCGUCUACGUUCAAUACCUUUGGAAGAUACUGAUGAUGACUUUGUUGGUAUUUCUCAACCAACCAAGGACAAAGAGGAUGAAGUAUCGCCAUCGCUGCAGGUACAGCGGGAUAUUGCAAUGUUGCUGCAACCAUAUUUCUCAGCUGAUGGUGUUGUUGUACGCAGUUUGGAAUAUGCUGCCAAUGAGCAAGAACAUAUAAUGGACUUUACACGUUUAAGGGCAUUGAGCUCCUUGUUCUCGAUGCUGAACCAGGCCGCCAGAAAUAUAUUGAACUAUAACGCUACACAUCCAGAUUUCCCGUGCUCCAAUGAUCAGUUGGAACAAUAUAUUACUAAAUCCCUAAUUUAUUCAGUUCUUUGGUCAUUCGCUGGCGAUUCUAAGCUUAAAGUACGCACUGAUUUGGGCGAUUUUGUACGUAGUGUUACUACUGUACCACUGCCGGGAUCGACUGGUGUGCCAAUUAUUGAUUAUGAGGUCAGCAUUAAUGGAGAAUGGGUUCCAUGGUCCAAUAAGGUACCUGUUAUUGAAGUUGAGACCCAUAAAGUUGCUUCGCCGGAUAUUGUGGUACCCACCUUGGAUACUGUUCGUCAUGAGUCUUUGCUCUACACUUGGUUGGCAGAACACAAGCCUUUGGUUUUGUGCGGUCCUCCUGGUUCUGGUAAGACAAUGACUUUGUUCUCAGCUUUGAGAGCUUUACCCGAUAUGGAGGUGGUUGGCUUGAACUUCUCGUCAGCCACAACCCCCGAGCUCCUACUUAAAACAUUUGAUCAUUAUUGCGAAUAUCGUAAAACUCCAAACGGUGUGGUAUUGUCACCAGUGCAAAUUGGCAAGUGGUUGGUUUUGUUCUGCGAUGAAAUUAAUUUGCCGGAUAUGGAUUCGUAUGGCACUCAACGUGUUAUUUCCUUCUUGAGACAAUUGGUUGAACAUAAGGGCUUUUAUCGUGCCAGUGAUCAGGCUUGGGUAUCUUUGGAACGCAUACAGUUUGUGGGAGCCUGUAAUCCUCCCACAGAUCCUGGCCGCAAACCUUUGUCGCAUCGCUUCUUGCGCCAUGUACCUAUUAUUUACGUCGAUUAUCCUGGAGAGACCUCUUUGAAACAGAUUUAUGGAACUUUCUCAAGGGCCAUGUUGCGUCUAAUGCCAACACUUCGAGGAUACGCUGAACCCUUGACAAAUGCCAUGGUAGAAUUCUACCUGGCUUCCCAAGAUCGUUUUACACAGGACAUGCAGCCGCAUUAUGUUUACUCGCCCCGUGAAAUGACCCGCUGGGUUCGUGGUAUCUGCGAGGCUAUUCGUCCUUUGGAUUCUCUACCGGUUGAGGGUUUGGUACGCAUUUGGGCUCAUGAAGCAUUGCGACUCUUCCAAGAUCGAUUGGUCGAAGAAUCGGAACGUAGGUGGACCAAUGAAAAUAUUGACACUGUCGCCUUGAAACAUUUCCCUGGGAUCAAUUCCGAGGAGGCCUUGGCUCGUCCUAUUUUGUAUAGCAAUUGGCUCUCAAAGGACUACAUGCCUGUCAAUCGCGAAGAAUUGCGUGACUACGUACGAGCCAGGCUUAAGGUAUUCUACGAAGAAGAACUGGAUGUUCCUUUGGUCCUAUUUGAUGAAGUUUUGGAGCAUGUUUUGCGUAUCGAUCGUAUUUUCCGUCAACCUCAGGGCCAUCUUUUGCUUAUCGGUGUUUCUGGUGCAGGCAAGACUACUCUAUCACGUUUUGUGGCCUGGAUGAAUGGUUUGUCCAUCUUCCAAAUCAAGGUCCACAAUAAAUACACUGGCGAAGAUUUCGAUGAAGAUUUACGUUCAGUCUUGCGUCGAUCUGGCUGCAGAGAUGAAAAAAUUGCUUUCAUUUUGGAUGAAUCGAACGUCUUGGAUUCCGGCUUUUUGGAACGAAUGAACACUUUGUUGGCCAACGGGGAAGUUCCUGGUCUGUUCGAAGGCGAUGAAUAUACUACAUUGAUGACUCAGUGUAAAGAAGGAGCCCAAAGAGAAGGCUUGAUGUUGGAUUCGAGCGACGAAUUAUACAAAUGGUUUACACAACAGGUCAUGCGCAACUUGCAUGUUGUCUUCACCAUGAAUCCUUCUACUGAUGGUCUGAAAGAUCGGGCAGCUACAUCACCUGCUUUGUUCAAUCGUUGUGUACUUAACUGGUUCGGUGACUGGUCAGAUUCAGCUCUCUUCCAAGUUGGCAAAGAAUUUACCACUCGUGUUGAUUUGGAGAAACCAGCUUGGACACCACCUGACUUUUUCCCAUCAGUAUGUCCUCUGGUGCCAUCGCAACCAACUCAUCGCGAUGCCGUCAUUAAUAGUUGUGUCUAUGUACAUCAAACACUUCACCAAGCCAAUGCCCGUUUGGCUAAGCGAGGUGGUCGCACAAUGGCCGUUACUCCACGCCACUAUUUGGACUUUAUUCAUCACUUUGUUAAGCUGUACAAUGAGAAACGUAGCGACUUAGAAGAGCAACAAUUACAUUUGAAUGUGGGUUUGAACAAAAUUGCUGAGACAGUGGAACAAGUAGAGGAGAUGCAAAAGUCAUUGGCUGUUAAGAAGCAAGAAUUGCAGGCUAAGAAUGAAGCCGCCAAUGCUAAACUCAAGCAAAUGUUCAAAGAUCAACAAGAGGCCGAAAACAAGAAAAAACAAUCGCAGGAAUUGCAGAACAAGCUGGCUGAGCAGAACAUUAAGGUAGAGGAGAAACGUAAAUAUGUCGUGGCUGAUUUGGCUCAAGUAGAACCGGCCGUUAUUGACGCACAACAAGCUGUGAAAUCUAUACGCAAACAACAACUUGUUGAAGUGAGAACAAUGGCAAAUCCACCCUCCGUGGUGAAAUUGGCCCUUGAAUCGAUCUGUUUAUUACUGGGCGAGAAUGCAACCGAUUGGAAGUCGAUUCGCGCCGUUAUUAUGCGUGAAAAUUUCAUAAAUUCAAUUGUCUCUAACUUCAGUACUGAAAUGAUAACCGAUGAAGUACGCGAGAAAAUGAAAUCGAAGUACCUAAGCAAUCCCGAUUAUAACUUUGAAAAGGUUAAUCGUGCUUCGUUGGCUUGUGGACCUAUGGUUAAAUGGGCCAUUGCUCAGAUUGAGUAUGCUGAUAUGUUGAAGCGUGUCGAACCUUUGCGUGAUGAGUUGCGUUCACUUGAAGAACAGGCUGCCAUUAACAAAGCCAACGCUGAUGAAACCAAAGCUUUGGUUGAACAAUUGGAGCAAAGUAUUGCUGCAUACAAAGAAGAAUAUGCUCAAUUGAUUUCACAGGCCCAGGCCAUUAAAACCGAUUUGGAGAAUGUGCAAGCCAAGGUGGAUCGCUCCAUAGCUCUGCUUAAGAGCUUAAAUAUUGAACGUGAACGUUGGGAGAGUACCAGUGAAACGUUCAAAUCUCAAAUGUCUACCAUUAUUGGUGACGUUUUGCUGUCGGCUGCUUUCAUUGCAUAUGGAGGUUACUUUGACCAACACUACAGAACAAAUCUCUUUACCACAUGGAGUCAACACUUGCAAGCGGCUAACAUACAAUAUCGUGCGGACAUUGCUCGCACCGAAUACUUGUCUAAUCCCGAUGAACGUUUAAGAUGGCAAGCCAAUGCUUUGCCCACCGAUGAUUUGUGCACCGAGAAUGCCAUUAUGCUCAAGAGGUUCAAUAGAUAUCCUUUGAUUAUCGAUCCUUCAGGUCAGGCUACCACUUUCUUACUUAACGAAUAUGCAGGCAAAAAGAUUACCAAGACCAGUUUCUUGGACGACUCAUUCCGUAAGAAUUUGGAAUCUGCUCUACGUUUCGGUAAUCCACUAUUGGUACAAGACGUUGAAAAUUAUGAUCCUAUUUUGAACCCGGUAUUAAAUCGUGAAUUGAGACGUAGUGGCGGUCGUGUUUUGAUUACCCUGGGUGAUCAAGAUAUCGAUUUGUCACCAUCGUUUGUCAUAUUCCUUUCAACCCGUGAUCCAACUGUGGAAUUCCCUCCGGAUAUAUGUUCUCGUGUUACUUUCGUCAAUUUCACUGUUACCAGAAGUUCAUUGCAGUCGCAAUGUCUGAACCAAGUUCUCAAGGCCGAAAGACCAGAUAUCGAUGAGAAACGUUCUGAUUUGUUGAAACUUCAAGGUGAGUUCCGUUUGCGACUGCGACAGUUGGAAAAGAGUUUGCUGCAGGCCUUGAACGAUGCAAAGGGCAAAAUUUUGGAUGAUGACUCUGUUAUUGCCACCCUGGAGACACUGAAGAAAGAAGCAUACGACAUCAAUCAAAAGGUGGACGAAACCGAUAAGGUCAUUGCAGAAAUUGAGACUGUGUCUCAACAAUAUCUCCCACUAUCUGUCGCUUGCAGUAACAUCUACUUCACAAUGGACAGUUUGAAUCAAGUCCACUUCCUAUAUCAAUAUUCAUUGAAAAUGUUUUUGGACAUUUUCUCUACGGUUUUGUACAAUAACAAGAAAUUGGACGGCAAGACAGACAAUGCUGAGCGUUUGGGCAUAAUUACGCGUGAUCUCUUCCAAGUUUGUUACGACCGAGUUGCCCGUGGUAUGCUGCAUAACGAUCGUUUGACAUUCGCAUUGCUGAUGUGUAAGAUUCAUCUUAAGGGCACGUCGGAAAUGAACUUGGACUCGGAAUUCAAUUUCUUCUUGAGAAGCAAGGAAGGUUUAAUGGCUAAUCCCACACCUGUUGAAGGUCUGACUGCGGAGCAAAUCGAUGGUGUUAAUCGUUUGGCCACACGAGUGCCAAUAUUCCGUAAAUUAGUUGAAAAGCUUAGCACCAUUCCAGAAUUAGGCGCUUGGUUGCAACAAAGUUCACCUGAACAAUGUGUUCCACUGUUGUGGGAUGAAUCCAAGGCUCUAAGCCCAAUAGCAACUUCAGUACAUCAGCUGUUAUUGAUUCAAGCCUUUAGGCCAGAUCGUGUAAUUGCAGCUGCUCAUAAUGUUGUCAAUGCUGUUUUGGGCUCAGACUUUAUGCAGACGGCCGAAGAUGAGUUGGACUUUGCAGCUGUUGUGGAUAAACAAUUGAACAGUAAUACGCCAGCCUUGUUGUGCUCGGUACCAGGUUUCGAUGCUUCUGGACGCGUUGAUGAUUUGGCUGCUGAGUUGAACAAACAAAUUUCAAGUAUUGCCAUUGGCUCGGCUGAGGGCUUCAACCAAGCUGAAUCGGCUAUAAAUAUGGCCUGUAAGAGCGGUAAAUGGGUAAUGCUGAAGAACGUUCAUUUAGCACCACAAUGGUUGGUACAAUUGGAAAAGAAAAUGCAUUCACUGCAACCUCACUCCGGUUUCCGUUUAUUCUUAACCAUGGAAAUUAAUCCAAAGGUACCAGUCAAUCUGCUUAGAGCUGGUAGAAUCUUUGUCUUCGAACCACCACCAGGCAUUCGUGCCAAUUUGUUGAGAACCUUCUCUACAGUGCCUGCAGCACGUAUGAUGAAAACACCCAGUGAGAGGGCACGCUUGUACUUCCUUUUGGCUUGGUUCCAUGCCAUUGUUCAAGAACGUUUGCGUUACGUGCCUUUGGGCUGGGCCAAGAAGUACGAGUUCAAUGAGAGCGAUUUGAGAGUAGCUUGCGACACCUUGGAUACUUGGAUCGAUAGUACAGCCAUGGGUCGCACCAAUUUACCACCCGAGAAGAUUCCUUGGGAUGCCUUGGUCACUCUCCUUUCUCAGUCUAUAUAUGGCGGUAAAAUCGACAAUGACUUCGAUCAACGUUUGCUGCAGUCAUUCUUGAAGAAGUUGUUCACAGCACGUUCGUUCGAAGCCGAUUUCGCUUUAGUCGCCAAUGUAGAUGGCGCUUCCGGUGGCCAACGACACAUCACCAUGCCCGACGGCACUCGCAGAGAUCAUUUCCUUAAAUGGAUUGAAAAUCUUACCGACCGUCAAACACCAUCCUGGUUAGGUCUACCUAACAACGCUGAAAAGGUUUUGCUCACCACACGUGGUACUGAUUUGAUUAGCAAACUUUUGAAAAUGCAGCAACUGGAGGACGACGAUGAACCAGCUUAUACUGUUGAAGAAACUAAUGAACAAGCAGCGGUUGCCGCUGCAGCACAGCGAGAAGACGGCCGACCUUCGUGGAUGAAAAUUCUUCACAAGUCAGCUACAGCUUGGUUGGAUCUGUUGCCUAAAAAUUUGCAAACUCUUAAGAGAACUGUGGAAAAUAUUAAAGAUCCUCUUUACCGUUACUUCGAACGUGAAGUCACCAUGGGUGCUAAAUUGCUACAGACAGUCAUAUCUGAUCUACAGGAUGUCGUUUUGAUUUGUCAAGGAGAAAAGAAACAAACCAAUCACCAUCGUUCCAUGUUGUCGGAAUUGGUCAAGGGUAUAAUACCCAAGGGCUGGAAGCGGUACACUGUGCCAGCUGGCUGCACAGUAAUCCAGUGGAUUACAGAUUUCAGCAAUCGUAUACAGCAAUUGCAAAAGGUGUCACAACUUGUAUCACAAGCUGGAGCCAAGGAGCUGCAAGGAUUCCCCGUAUGGUUGGGUGGCUUGUUAAAUCCUGAAGCUUAUAUUACAGCUACACGUCAAUGUGUAGCCCAGGCUAAUAGCUGGUCUUUAGAAGAACUCGCUCUGGAAGUGACCAUAACUGAAACUGGCGUAAACACCGAGACCAAGGAUAGCAGUUUCGGCGUAACUGGUUUGAAAUUACAAGGAGCCCAUUGCAAGAACAAUGAAUUGUUGUUGGCCACCACUAUUAUGAUGGAUUUACCAUUGACUGUCUUGAAGUGGGUUAAGAUUUCAAGUGAACACCGUAUAAGCAAACUAACAUUACCGGUAUAUUUGAAUUCAACCCGUUCGGAAUUGCUUUUCACUAUUGAUAUGGCAGUUGCUGCUGGCCAAGAUCCUCACAGUUUCUAUGAGCGUGGUGUUGCAGUAUUGACUUCAACCGCAUUGAAUUAAAAGCAAUUUAAGUCUAAACGAAGUCAGUCCAAUUUCAAGCAGUAUGCAUCUCUUAACAAUAUAAAAAUACUUAUUCAAUUAAUAAAGAAGUGAAUUAUAAAAUACUAUUUAAUUAUCUAAUAAAACUUAUUAAUCCAAUUAUGAUUAUUCAGAAUAAUAAAA